AUGGACGAUUCGACCCGACAGUCUGGUAACGCCGUCGGCACUACGGUCGCACCUGUAGAUCCACCUCCGGCAGUUGACCAUGAUGCAGAGAUUGAGCCUGAGGACGAGGGAUUUGGUGCCGACAGCGACAUUGAUACUGAUGAAGCCAGGUCAUCCUACACGCGAUCAAUAACGUCAAGUGUCUUUGAUUACCCGGUAGAAUACGGGCGACGAUACCAUGCCUACCGCCAAGGCACCUACGCAUUUCCAAACGACGAGCCCGAACUGAACCGUCUUGAUCUGGCUCAUAUCCUCAUGUUCAAAUCCAUCGGCUACCGACUAUAUCUCGCUCCCAUUAGACCAGAAACGACCCAGAGAAUACUGGAUAUCGGGACCGGAACAGGGAUCUGGGCAAUUCAAAUGGCUGAUAAAUUUCCACACGCUGAAGUCAUCGGGACAGAUCUGAGCGCAGUCCAGCCGGAAUGGCUCCCCUCCAACGUCAAAUUUAUCGUCGACGACGUCGAAAGCGCCUGGAUCGACCCCAAGAAGUACGACUACAUUUUCGUCCGCUACAUGCUCGUCUCCAUCGCGGACUGGCCGCGCCUGAUCUCCAACAUCUAUGAGUUAAAUCUUCCCUCAUCCUACCCCCUCCCCUACUCCAUCCUGGAUCAUAGCCUCAAAUAUCCUAACAUCAGAACAAAUAGCCACCUCACCCCCGGCGGCUACGCCGAGUUCCAAGACAUGAACGGCCUCUACUACGCCGACGACGCCACCUACCCGCCCUCUUCAUCCCUCUCGCGCUGGAACGCGCGCUUCGUCGACGCCUGCGAGGCCAUGGGCCGCACCGCGCGGCCCGGCCCGGCGCUUGAGGGCUGGGUGCGCGCGCACGGCGGGUUCCGCGGGGUGACGCACAAGCGGUUCAAGGCGCCGAUCGGGCCGUGGGCGCGAGAUCCGCACUUCAAGGAUGUUGGGGCGCUGAAUUUGCGCCAGCUGCUCGAGGGGCUGGAGGGGUUCAGUUUGAAGGUGUUUUGCGGGGUGUUGGGGUGGGAGGAGGGGGAUGUGAGGGAGUUGUUGGAGCGGGUGAGGGCGGAGUUGGGAGGAGGGGAGAUGCAUGUUAUGUUUGAUCAUCAUGUUGUGUAUGCGCAGAAGCCGGGUCUGCAGUGA